AUUUCCCUGCUAGAAAAAGGGAAGGGCCAGUGACGCCCCCGAACCCAGCUGCAGAAGCGGCCGCCACCUCCCAUGCACAAGGUGUCUCUUCGGAAAAGAAACCUGAGCCCCAGGGAGGCGGCGCGGAGCGACCCGGGCAGGGCUGGCGGGAACCGCGAGGGAGUGCGCUGGGCACUGCUCGAGGACCAGCGGGAGCUCGGCUGGGCUGCAGAGGACCCUCGAGACCUGCCCCUGAGAUCCCAGCUCCACGCUCUCCUCGCGUUUUACAGAUUCCCCUCCCCGUGACUACAUCUCCCCAAAACGGAGCCUUUAUAUGAAGAGAAGGUGAGGGAGCUGGGGCAACCAGGACUUUCCCGGUCACCCAAGAUGCGCUCCAUUAGGAAGAGGUGGACGAUCUGCACGAUAAGUCUGCUCCUGAUCUUUUAUAAGACAAAAGAAAUAGCAAGAACUGAGGAGCACCAGGAGACGCAACUCAUCGGAGAUGGCGAGCUGUGUUUGAGUCGAUCACUUGUCAAUAGUUCAGAUAAAAUCAUUCGAAAGGCUGGCUCUUCAAUCUUCCAGCAUUCUGUAGAAGGUUGGAAAAUCAAUUCCUCUUUGGUCCUGGAGAUAAGGAAGAACAUUCUUCGUUUCCUUGAUGCAGAACGCGAUGUCUCUGUGGUCAAGAGCAGUUUUAAGCCUGGUGAUGUCAUACACUAUGUUCUGGAUAGGCGCCGGACGCUAAAUAUUUCUCAGGAUCUGCACAGCCUCCUACCUGAAGUUUCACCAAUGAAAAAUCGCAGAUUUAAGACCUGCGCAGUUGUUGGGAAUUCUGGCAUUCUGCUAGAUAGUGAAUGUGGAAAAGAAAUUGACAGUCACAAUUUUGUAAUAAGGUGUAAUCUAGCCCCUGUGGUGGAGUUUGCUGCAGAUGUGGGAACUAAAUCAGAUUUUAUUACCAUGAAUCCAUCAGUUGUACAAAGAGCAUUUGGAGGCUUUCGGAAUGAAAGUGACAGAGAAAAAUUUGUGCACAGACUUUCCAUGCUGAAUGACAGUGUCCUUUGGAUCCCUGCUUUCAUGGUCAAAGGAGGAGAGAAGCACGUGGAGUGGGUUAAUGCAUUAAUCCUUAAGAAUAAACUGAAAGUGCGAACUGCCUAUCCAUCACUGAGACUUAUUCAUGCUGUCAGAGGUUACUGGUUGACAAACAAAGUUCCUAUCAAACGACCCAGCACCGGUCUGCUCAUGUAUACACUUGCCACGAGAUUCUGUGAUGAAAUUCACCUGUAUGGAUUCUGGCCGUUCCCUAAGGAUUUGAAUGGAAAAGCUGUCAAAUAUCAUUACUAUGAUGACUUAAAAUACAGGUACUUUUCCAAUGCAAGUCCUCAUAGAAUGCCAUUAGAAUUCAAAACAUUAAAUGUGCUGCAUAAUAGAGGCGCUCUGAAACUGACAACAGGAAAGUGCGUAAAGCAAUAAAGCACAUCCGAAACAUACAAACUGGAUAUGCACUUCUUUUCUGAAGAUGCUUCCUAAGAUUUGAAAAUAGGAUCCAAAACAAGACUGGGUUUCAGCAUCCACCACUUAUCUGAAAGGUGAUAAAGGACAUUCAUGAGAAAUCCACUACCAGCCGAUGAAAUACCUGCGAAGUGCUCUAAAAAAUUACGUAUUUUGACUUCAAGGGUCCUAGUAAGUGCCACUUCCACUAAGAACACAGUUUGAAUGUAUAAUCAGUAGUGUUUACAAGAUCCAACAAUGCCCUCAUCAUUAGUUAACCAAGCAAAUAUGUUCAUCACUGUUGGGCUGCCCCUGCAACGCCAAGCACAUGAGAAGAGCAACCCGGGAACACAGCUCAGCCCUUGGGGAAAGUUAACUGUCCUGUCAGCAGAGAUCAAGAUGGAAACAGUUUGAGCAGUGAAAUCCAUAAGAUGAAACAACUCAAGUAAAUGCCUUCAGUCAGGACUCCGAGUGUGAUCAUGAACAUUAUGUUUUUGUUUCUGUUCUCAUUUGCCUUUUGGAAUCGCUUUUGCUUUGGGUGUUGGGGUGCUUAGAAAUCCUUUCUGAGAUAAAUAUGAAUGAGAUAAAUAACAUUCAAAUGA